AAAUGGCUCAUCUAACUCCUUCGCAAGUCAUUAUUCUCCUUCACCUUCACGCCUCCCUCUCUUUUUCUACAUCUUACAUUAUUUUCUAAUGUUCAUUAAAUAACAUCUUCAACUUCCUCUUAGCCAUUACAGUAAAACACUUCUCUUUCUCUCUCUAUCAACGAUGAGUUCCUUUUCCGGGAAAGAAGAAGAAGAAGAAAGAAAAAAGCAAAAUAGAGUUCCAUUGCUGAAACUAUUUGCAUUUGCAGAUUUCUACGACUAUGUUUUGAUGGGUUUGGGAUCCCUUGGUGCUUGUGUUCAUGGAGCUUCGGUGCCUGUGUUCUUCAUUUUCUUUGGCAAGUUGAUUAAUAUCAUUGGCUUGGCUUAUCUUUUUCCCCAGCAGGCUUCCCACAAAGUUGCUAAGUACUCACUGGAUUUUGUGUACCUCAGUAUCGUUAUAUUAUUUUCAUCAUGGAUAGAGGUGGCAUGCUGGAUGCAUACUGGAGAAAGGCAGGCAGCAAGGAUGAGAAUGGCAUAUCUAAGGUCUAUGCUUAAUCAAGAUAUAAGUUUAUUUGACACUGAAGCCUCUACUGGAGAGGUCAUAGCUGCAAUUACAAGUGAUAUUAUUGUGGUGCAAGAUGCCAUCUCCGAAAAGGUAGGGAACUUCAUGCAUUACAUAAGCCGAUUUCUAUGUGGCUUCACCAUUGGGUUCGUGAGGGUGUGGCAAAUCAGUUUAGUAACCUUGUCUAUAGUCCCUUUAAUUGCUCUUGCUGGCGGUUGCUAUGCCUUUGUCACAAUCGGCCUUAUUGCUAGAGUGCGUAAAUCUUACGUCAAGGCUGGUGAAAUCGCUGAGGAGGUGAUUGCUAACGUUAGAACAGUGCAAGCAUUUGCGGGAGAAGAAAGGGCUGUAGGAUCUUAUAAAGAAGCUCUAAGAAAUACAUACCAGUACGGAAGAAAAGCAGGACUAGCAAAGGGUCUAGGGCUAGGGACCCUGCACAGUGUCCUUUUCCUUUCAUGGGCAUUGCUUGUUUGGUUCACUAGCAUAGUUGUUCAUAAGGACAUUGCGAAUGGUGGUGAAUCUUUCACCACCAUGCUCAACGUGGUUAUUGCUGGCCUGUCACUAGGACAGGCAGCACCAGACAUAUCUGCCUUUGUGCGAGCUAAGGCAGCAGCAUACCCCAUUUUUGAGAUGAUAGAAAGGAACACAAUGACGAAAACCAGCUCAAAAACUGCCCAGAAGCUAGAUAAAUUGGAGGGACACAUAGAAUUCAAGAAUGUGUCUUUUAGCUACCCAUCACGUCCUGAUGUAAUGAUCUUUGAUGAACUCUGCCUUGACUUCCCUUCUGGGAAGAUUGUAGCUCUUGUUGGAGGCAGUGGCUCUGGAAAGAGCACGGUUAUAUCUUUGAUUGAACGCUUCUAUGAACCUCUUUCUGGACAAAUAUUGCUAGAUGGGAAUGAUAUCAGGCACCUAGACCUUAAGUGGCUCAGGCAACAAAUUGGACUAGUUAAUCAGGAGCCUGCCCUUUUUGCGACGAGCAUAAGGGAGAACAUUCUCUAUGGAAAAGAUGAUGCAACCCUUGAUGAGAUAGUAAAUUCUGCUAAACUCUCAGAAGCUAUGUCUUUUAUCAACAACCUCCCUGACAGAUUUGAAACUCAGGUUGGUGAGAGGGGAAUACAGCUAUCAGGUGGACAAAAGCAAAGGAUUGCAAUAUCACGUGCUAUAGUGAAGAAUCCAUCGAUUCUUUUGCUAGAUGAAGCUACAAGUGCACUUGAUGCAGAGUCUGAGAAGAGUGUGCAAGAGGCACUUGAUCGUGUUAUGGUGGGAAGAACAACUGUAGUUGUUGCCCAUCGGCUUUCUACCAUCAGGAAUGCAGAUGUGAUUGCUGUUGUUCAGGAAGGGAAGAUAGUGGAAAUUGGGAGCCACGAGGAGCUCAUCUCUAACCAAAAUAGUGCUUAUGCAUCACUCAUUCAUCUCCAGGAGGCUGCUUCCUUUCAACGCCAAUCCUCCAUAGGUCCUACCAUGGGACGGCCUCUCAGCAUAAGGUAUUCUCGAGAAUUAUCCCACAGAAGAUCAAGCUUUGGUGCAAGUUUUCACUCUGAAAAAGAUUCAGUUAGUCGUGCUGGUGCUGAUGCAAUGGAACCUGCAAAGCCAAGGCAUGUUUCAGCUAAAAGACUCUAUUCAAUGGUUGGCCCUGAUUGGGCUUAUGGAGUAUUAGGUACCUUUUGUGCGUUUAUUGCUGGAGCACAGAUGCCACUUUUCGCACUUGGAGUCUCUCAGGCUCUUGUUUCGUAUUACAUGGACUGGGACACUACGCGCCAUGAGGUCAAAAAGAUUUCAAUCUUGUUCUGCUGUGGUUCAGUAAUAACUAUCAUUAUCUAUUCCAUUGAGCAUCUCUCCUUUGGAAUCAUGGGUGAGCGGCUCACUUUCCGUGUCAGGGAAAAGAUGUUUUCAGCCAUUUUGAAGAAUGAGAUUGGAUGGUUUGAUGACUUGAAUAACGCAAGUUCUAUGCUCGCAUCACGUCUAGAGAGUGAUGCAACUUUAUUACGAAAUAUAGUCGUUGAUCGCACAACAAUUCUGUUACAGAAUGUUGGCCUUGUUGUCACCUCAUUCAUCAUUGCUUUCAUCUUAAACUGGAGGAUCACACUUGUUGUCAUAGCCACUUAUCCAUUGGUCAUAAGUGGUCACAUCAGCGAGAAACUCUUCAUGAAAGGCUAUGGUGGAAACUUGAGCAAAGCAUAUCUAAAGGCUAAUAUGCUGGCCGGUGAGGCUGUUAGCAACAUCCGCACUGUUGCAGCUUUUUGUGCAGAAGAAAAGGUCCUGGAUCUUUAUUCCCGUGAGCUGGUGGAACCUUCGCAGCGCUCAUUUACUCGUGGUCAAAUUGCUGGCAUAUUCUAUGGAGUGUCCCAGUUCUUCAUCUUCUCAUCUUAUGGGCUUGCCUUGUGGUAUGGUUCUGUUUUGAUGGGGAGGGAGCUUGCUGGCUUUAAAUCUGUAAUGAAGUCGUUUAUGGUUUUGAUUGUUACUGCAUUAGCCAUGGGUGAAACUCUGGCAAUGGCCCCAGAUCUUUUAAAAGGGAAUCAAAUGGUAGCAUCUGUCUUUGAGCUGCUGGACCGCAAGACAAAUAUAAUAGGGGAUACUGGAGAAGAGUUGAAAAAUGUGGAGGGUAAUAUUGAGCUCAGAGGGGUAGAAUUUAGCUAUCCAUCCAGGCCAGAUGUAUCAAUUUUCAAGGACUUUGAUCUAAGAGUGCGUGCAGGCAAGAAUGUGGCUUUAGUUGGGCAAAGUGGUUCUGGCAAAAGCUCUGUUCUUUCUCUUAUAUUGAGAUUCUACGAUCCAACAGCAGGAAAAGUGAUGAUUGAUGGCAUUGAUAUCAAGAAACUUAAGCUGAAAUCUCUCAGAAAACACAUUGGCUUAGUUCAACAAGAGCCGGCUCUUUUUGCCACUUCAAUCUACGAAAACAUCUUAUAUGGGAAAGAAGGAGCGUCUGAAGGAGAAGUGGUUGAAGCAGCUAAACUUGCAAAUGCUCAUAACUUCAUUAGUUCCCUUCCUGAUGGCUACUUAACCAAAGUAGGCGAGCGAGGGGUGCAACUAUCCGGUGGCCAGAAACAAAGGGUGGCUAUUGCUCGAGCAGUUCUAACGAACCCAGAAAUCCUGCUUUUAGAUGAAGCCACUAGUGCUCUAGAUGUGGAGUCAGAGCGUGUUGUGCAACAAGCUCUAGACAGAUUGAUGAGGAACCGCACCACAGUCAUGGUGGCGCAUAGGCUAUCAACUAUAAAGAAUGCAGAUCAAAUAUCAGUAAUACAAGGUGGGAAGAUAAUAGAGGAAGGGACUCAUUCAAGUCUUCUUGAGAACAAAGAUGGUGCUUAUUUUAAGUUAAUCAGUCUGCAGCAGCAACAGCAGCAUCAAUGACAACAAGAAGAUAUAGGUUAUGAGAAUCCUUUACGCAGGGUUGCAUUGCCGAUUGUUGCAUAUACCUUCUACUUAUUAUUAUUAUUUUAGAAAAAAAAAUCACUAUAUAUACUGAAUUGAUGUAAAGAUACUGUGAUAAUAAUGACAUAUUAUUGAUGUUGCUGAAUGCUGUACAACAUAAAACUGCAAUUUCUUGUUUAUUCAA